AUGUCUGCUGUACAAGCAGCAACCAGACCGGAGUCGGCGCAGAAGGUGCUGUCGCUGUACCGGCAGCUCCUCCGCCAGGGAAACCAGUUCGCCGCCUACAACUUCCGCGAAUACACCAAGCGCCGCACGAGGGAUGCGUUCCGCGAGAAUAAGAGUGUUGAUGAUCCACGCCGGAUACAGGAGCUUGUGCAAAAGGGGCUGAAGGACUUGCAGAUGCUAAAGCGCCAGACGAUGAUUAGUCAGUUCUAUCAGAUGAAUAAGCUUGUAGUUGAAGGGGGGAUAUCGGGCAAGGACGAGCCUGGAGAACCCGAGACAUUGAGGCAGAAGGAUACUGGGUGA